AUGCAUUCGUUCUGGUAUAGGAGGUUAUCCGCAACAAUCAAUGAAGCCCGUCACACACUACUCGUGUUUGAUUCCGGCAGCCCUCUUCAGACAAGAUUGCAUAGCUUAGUUACAAUCGACACAGACGAGAGCGCUGCUGCAGAAUAUGCGCUUAUGUCUAGCCGAAUAAAGUUCAAAAUUCAAACCAUCCUCGAUCCUGCCAAACGUUUGCAACUUGUUAAUGAUACGUCCGAGUUCCCCGAGUCGAACCGUGGGACUGCGCGAACGCAACCUUCGUCAUUCCGCCUUUGUGCAGUCCGACCAUUGAGCUACGGUAUCCACAUGCCUCCACCAUGGUUUUUGCGGUCAAUAAUAUGCACUAACUUUAGUACCCAUGAUCCUACGAAUACAAAUAGUUGCAGUGACGAAGGAAUGAAUGUAACUGUGAAAUCAAGUUUGAUUAUCCUCCUGCAGUACUCACUCCUUUAUGAAGAGAGUUACGAAGACAUCAGCCCAGUUCAUCAUAACUCAAAGGGUGAAAAGCAAGAAAAGAGGAUGAAAGACGCGUUAUUAGAAAAUAUACAGAUUUAA